CAGCGGAAGAAGAUGCUCCAGUUUCGUUUCCGAGUGACCUAUUUAGCUUCUUGUAUUAGCAUCAGUAAAUAAUCUUUGCGUCCAACAAUGGGAUUGAGCGUCCGUAAUGUAGCUCGGAGUUCGCGUCUUUUGGUGGCUGCCUUCUUCUGAUUUUUCACCGAAGAAGAAGCGAUACGAAGCAAAUGAGCAUUGUUAGCUUAAAGCGUAGCAAAAUAGCCUAGCUGUUGUUAGCAUUGACUGCCACUUUGAAUUAGCUCGGCUAAAUGAGGCGUUAGCUGCGUAGUAUUUUUAUUUUUUUUUGGUCUUAUUUGGGCUCUUCAUAAAAGCUGGCUAGCUGAUUAUCGAUUGCUGGCUGAUAAACGGUACACAUUUAGCUAUCUUAGCUCAGCUGGGUUUACUAUUGCAGCUCCUUUGGAUGUUCAGUGUGUCAGAAAGUGACUCUUCAGCCCCAUGUCUGCUGAGGCUUCAGUUGGCGGUCAUGCUGCCGACUCUGCCCAGUCCGCUGUUUCCCAGCCUGCUUGCCACAACACAGAUGAGCACAGAAAUCAGGGUCUGCUGGGGAGCAAGUAUGUCAAGUUGAACGUGGGUGGCUCGCUGCAUUAUACAACUGUCCAGACGUUAAGCAAGGAAGACAGUCUGCUGCGGAGCAUAUGCAACGGAGGAACAGAUGUCACCAUAGACUCAGAAGGUUGGGUGGUGUUGGACAGGUGCGGCCGACAUUUUGGGUUGGUUUUAAACUUCCUGCGAGACGGCUCAGUACCACUUCCAGAGGACCACAGAGAACUGGAUGAGGUUCUGAAAGAAGCCCAGUACUACCGGGUCCAGGGACUUGUACAGCACUGCCUCAGUGCCAUGCAGAAACAAAAGGAUGUGUUUGAAAGUGUGUGUCGCAUCCCCAUGAUCACUUCAGCCAAAGAAGAACAGAAGAUGAUUGCGACUUGUAGAAAGCCGGUAGUAAAAUUGCAGAACAACAGAGGAAACAACAAAUACUCUUACACCAGCAACUCCGACGACAACCUGCUGAAGAACAUUGAACUCUUCGACAAACUUGUGCUGCGAUUUAAUGGCCGCGUCCUGUUUGUGAAAGACGUGCUUGGGGAUGAGAUCUGCUGCUGGUCUUUCUACGGUGAAGGCCGCAAGAUCGCUGAAGUGUGCUGCACUUCUAUCGUCUAUGCUACGGAGAAGAAGCAGACCAAAGUUGAGUUCCCUGAAGCUCGAAUAUUUGAAGAAACCCUCAAUAUACUCAUCUAUGAGAAUGGCAGAGGUUCUGGUCCAGGAGGCUUACACCUUUUAGACUCAAGAGGCUCAGGUUCAUCGCUGGGAGCUGGCCAGUCAGAGGAGGAGGGCGCCGUGGGAGGGGACAGACGAGUCAGACGGAUCCACGUAAGGAGGCACAUAAUGCACGAUGAGAGAGGGCACGGCCAGCAAACUGUGUAUAAGGACUAAUAAUGUGAAAUCAUAAGACUUGGGAGAGUGACUUCAUGUAUGUUUUUUGUUGAAUGCUAGCACAAUGAAAGAUCAGAGCAAUAGCUUGAUAUUUAGUUAUUUCACGACAUGUCUUUAGACAUCAUUGCAGAAAUGUUGGGGUUGAUGACUGAUGUGUAAAUGAGGGUAGAGUUGUUUGGAUGUAAAGAAAAUGCUUCUGUUUACAAGAACACAAGUUGUGUACAUUCUAUAAAUAGGAAAUAUGUUUUUAAAAAAAAUCACCUGGGACUGAAAAACUGGCAUAAAUAUUACUUUUUCAGAUGUUAAUGAACUUCCCGUAAGUUACUGAAUGGGCCUGAAGCCCAACUCCAAACCCAUUGGUGGAGUUUUUUUCCUAGAGCAAACAACCUACCGUUAAUGUGGGUGUUAAUGAUAUGCACUGGCAGCCUCCUCUGUGUUUGACUUGUAGGUAACACUGUCAGUUUAUUCAGGUUGUGAAACAUCUGUUGCCUUUUUCUCCAUUGGCCUGAGUUGCCGUCGAGCAGCGACGGACAGAGGACGGUGAAGUUGAGCCUAGUUGUGUUAACACUGGAAAAAAAUAAAAAAUAAAAGCAGAAUAGCCAUUUCUAGUGAGGUUGUCGAUGAAUGAGAUUGUUGAGCAGCUCCAUUUUCUUUAUUUAAAUUAUUACAGCUGUUGCUUCCAGAUGUUUUUUAUUAAUUUAUGAACCUAAUUUAUUGUCGCGUAUUUAACUUUUGUAUUGAAUGCAAUCUUUGUGUUAACUAGCGCUCAGUUGAGUUUUAAUUUCCAGAACGAUACGGUGCACUCUUUAUCACAGAUCAGAUUUUGAAUUUACUCUUGUAAAUGGAUAAAUAAUGAACUUAAAUUUCAGUUUAAUGUUUCAAGAGGAACCGUGACCAUUUCUUUAAUGUUUUUUUCUGAGCCAUGAUCUUUCACUUCUUUUGUCUUACACCAAACUGCAGAAUUUUGCUCAAAUUAAUUGGCCAUACCGUGAUGAUAAAUGUAAUAAUACUGGGUUGUAUUUCCCUCAGGGAGAGGAUAAAUAUUUUUUUUCUAAUAUUCACUGGUGACUUGUGUAAACCUAGUCACUCUGAUUACUGGCGGAGACAUUGAAUGAGAGCAAUAUGUAUCUUGGACCCCUUAGAAAAUAAACUUGGAAUACCUUGAAAUAUGCACUAAUUUAACUUCCGUCCAACAGUGGUCAUGAAAAUGUUCUAAAUAAAUGACUUUAAUGAAAUCCA